UCUUCAUGUCUUUGUUUCCUUCAGUUAUGUGGCCUCACUUUCAGUUCAAGAUGGCGGUUGUGGGAAGGCUCUGGGUUGAAGUCUGACUCUGGGAAGAGAGAUAUUAGGAUCCAAUGGAGCCCUUCUUUCGUAGGUUGCUUCAAUGGCUGGAUAUCUUGGAUCCAACAACAUUAUUAGCAUCAAAUAAGGAAAUAGAAAAUGCACAAACUCUGCUUCAGAGCAGCCUCCCAAGUCUGAAAGAAAUGGUGAAAGAUGAAAAGAUUAAGCAAGCAUUGAAACUUACUCUGUCUUCAGUUCAUCCAGAUACUGGAGAUGUGUUACCAACUGUUUUCCGUGCUUCAGCAUUUACACCACUUGCUGUCCCAUUGGUUGUGGCUAUGCUUCUGCCUCACAGAGGGAUGAAACCAGCUUUAUUUUGGCAGUUUCUCUUUCAGUCAUACAGUGCAGGUUAUAACCUCGCAAACAGAAAUAAAACUACCCAUAAAGAUGAAAAUGUUUCUUUACAACAAGGUUUCCUUUUGGUUGGAGCUGCAACCUAUACUACAUGUUUGGGGGUUUUCCCUCAAUUUGUGAUGAAUCGCUACACCUCUAACAGUCCUAUAGUACAUACUGUGUUCAGAAAGAUUCUGCCAGUUCCUCUACUUGCGAUUGCAAGUGCUCUGAAUGUGGCAAUAGUUAGAGGCAUUGAAUUUGAUAAAGGAAUUGAAGUUGUCGAUAAGAAUGGAAAUGUGGUAGGAAUCUCACAAUUAGCUGGAACUAAGGCAAUAAAAGAGACAGCGUUUUCUCGAGCAGUAUUAGUUGGAACUACAGUGGCUGCACCCAACAUACUUGUCAGUUAUUUACAAAGGACAAAUUUCAUCAGAAGAUUUCCACUUUCUCUAGCUCCUUUCAGACAUGUAAUGACGGCUAUUGUAUUUGGACUAAUGGUCCCCAUUUCUUUUAGCCUGUAUCCUCAGACAGGAAAGAUAAAACGGGACAAUCUUGAACCUUUGAUCCAAUCGGCCACAACAGAAGACCGUCUUUAUUACAACAGAGGGUUAUGAAAGAGAUAUCACAAAAUAAGAUUGCAUUGUGCCUGAAGUUAAAUUGUUCACAUGGACCAAUCUCAUCAUACAUAGACAAUAAUUCAAAACAAGGUAGCUCAAGAUCCCAUACGCAGCUGAAGUUUUAUUUGGUGCAUUAGUAUUUGUAAUAAUGUAAAAUACUGUGACAACUAAUAAUGUUUGACUAAAUAUUAAUUAUUUUAGCACCAGUUUUUAAAAAAAAUGUUCCACUUUCCCCACAUUUUAAUGUGUUGUAGUCUAUUACCUUUUAUCUGUAAUGGAUUUCCAAGAUUUUUCCGUCUUGUCUUUAAGGCUGCAAUACAUUUUCAUGCGUACAGUCCUCUACUUCCUUUGGAAAUGUGACAUGUUUAUACGGGAGCUUGGUCAUUUUUGGGAUGACAUUACCAUGGAACAUCAUAGUGUCUGCCCGUGAUCACUUCACUCAUUGGCAGAAGACACUGUAUGGUAGUGAAGAACAACACUCAAAGCAUGAUUUGCCUUUCAUUCUGUAGCAUGAAAGUACAGAGGUAUAUAUUGAAUGUAUAUAAAAAUUCAAAGUUUAUAUCUUACUGCCAUCAUUUCUGUCCUGAUGACAGCACAAACAAGUGUGAGACCUUUCCAGUCUGAAUGGGUAGCUCAGCCCUACGCUGCUAAGUAUACUUAAUCAUGAAUUUGUUGAGGAAUUUGUAUGUGUAUCUUUUCUGGUACAGAAACAUUAUGGCUUGAAAUUCAUUGAGGCCACGUAUGCCUAAACAUCUGAUAUGGCAGAUGACACAUGGAAGGGUAGGUACACAGAGACUCGAAUGAAAUACCUGUUGGAUCACUUACAUCUGCAAAUCAUGGACCAAACAUCUUUUUGAAGCUCCCUUCCAAUAAAUUCCCAAUUAUCCCCCCUCAAUUUCCUCUUUCCAUAACCUAAGACUGAUCUUUGUGCCACUGCUGGGGAGCCAGCUGGUGUGCCAUCAUCUCAAGUUGAAACCAGUAAGUUGUUCCUGCACAGCUGUUUGGCAUCCACAGAUUGUUGUCAAUUUGCUGAUGAGAGCUGGGGCCCAACCCUGGUUGGGCCUUGAAUCUCUAUUAUGGGCCAAAGCAGAUUUCCACAUAUCCAUCUCUGACGGCUGAACUCUGUAUACUGUGAAUGAUUACCAAACAUGUUAUUUAUUGUUUUGUAUCUUUUAUUUUUAAGUAAAAAGAAUAAUCAUGGCACA